AUGGCCAGGAUCAUCACCGUCUUUGGAGCAACCGGAAACCAGGGUGGAUCGGUCAUCGACCACAUCUUGGCCGAUAACGCCCUUUCCAAAGACUUCCGCAUUCGGGGCAUCACCAGAGACCCAGCCAAGCCUGCCUCUCAGAAGCUUGCCGAGAGAGGAGUCGAGUUGGCAACGGCCGACAUGAACUCCAAGGACUCCCUCGUCAAGGCCUUGUCUGGAUCGCACACCGUUUUUCUUGUUACCAACUACUGGGAGUCGAUGAAUGCGGACACGGAGAUCACCCAAGGCAAGAAUGUGGCUGAUGCAGCCAAGGAGGUCGGCGUCUCGCACAUCAUCUUUUCUUCUCUCCUCAACGUCACCGAGGUGACUGGAGGACGGUUGACGCAUGUCCCUCACUUUGACGGCAAGGCAAAGAUUGAGCAGUACAUUCGAUCGACCGGCGUCCCCUCGACAUUUGUUCUCCCUGGAUACUUCAUGUCAAACUAUAUCCAGAUGCUCCGUAGGGAGGAGGAUGGGUCGUACACUCUGGCUUACCCAGUUGGCGACAAGGCCAAGUUCCCGCUCUUCGAUGCGGCCUCUGACACGGGCAAAUUCGUCAAGCCCGCGCUCAAAGACCCCCAGUCGUUCAAAGGAAAGCACAUCCUCGCCGCCACCGACUACUACACCCCCGAGAGAGUUCUGUCCGAGUUUGAGGAGGUCACUGGUAAGAAGACCAAGUAUGUACAGGUUUCGGCAGAGCAGUACAAGUCGUUUUUGCCCGCGGCCAUGGCCGAGGAGAUGCUGGAGAAUCACUUGUUUGUUGAGGAGCCUGGCUACUACAAUGGAGCUUCCCUGGAGGAGAGUUUGAGCGUGCUCGAGGAUAAGCCGACCACGUGGAAGGAGUUCAUCACCAAGAGCGGCGCCUUUUAA